GAGAAAAAAAGAAAGUAAUGACUCAGAGCGAUUUGGUUCCUAAAGGUGGGAGUGCGCAACGCUCGUAUAAAAAGCUCUUCGCAGACGACAAGCAGCGUUGUCCAUCUCAUCUCAGUCGCCAAGCCACUCUCCACUCUCCUACGCUGACCCGCGGCGAACGGAGUGUCAACAGCAGAGGCUAUUUUUUGAAACUCCCUGGACUGCCUAAGAUUUGGUUUAUUUAUUUGAGCAUCGUUGGAAGACAUCAUGGGUGCACUCUCGGGCGCUGAGCUCUGCAUAAAGUAUCUUCUAUUCUCCUUUAAUUUCUUUUUCUGGCUGGCAGGUACAGCAGUGCUAGCCGUGGGCUUGUGGCUGCGGUUUGACAAGAGGACAGAGGGGCUGUUCGCCCCGACAGAUUCUCCCUCCGUCUUUUUCACAGGAGUGUAUCUCCUCAUCGUCGCCGGAGCGCUCAUGAUGGUCGUGGGCUUCCUGGGAUGCUGUGGUGCCAUCCGGGAGUCGCCGUGCAUGCUGGGAUUGUUCUUCUUCUUCCUCCUGCUGAUCUUCGCUGCUGAGGUGGCCGCUGGUAUCUGGGGAUUGUCCAACAAAGAAAAGGUGGUGGAAGAAAUUCAGACGUUUUACAAAGAGACUUUCACCAACUACGUAGACACCAAACAGGAAGCCCUGAAGGGCACUCUGAAAGCUAUCCAGUUUGGGCUUGACUGCUGUGGGCUCACUGGGACUGCUGUGGAUGCCGCUGUGGCCACAGACACCUGUCCCAAGAAAGAGGGCUUGGAAGUGUUCAUCACCACGAGUUGCCCUUCUGCAAUUGAUGAGAUGUUCAACGGCAAGCUUCAUGUGAUUGGAGGAGUGGGCAUUGGGAUUGGAGUCAUCAUGAUCUUUGGCAUGAUCUUCAGUAUGCUGUUGUGCUGUGCCAUCAAGCGAACCCGGGACAUCGUGUAAGGCCGUCAUCACCAUGGAAACUCCUGAUCCAUGCCGUUAAUUUAUCCAGUGUGUGUGUGUGUGUGUGUGUGUGUGUGUGUGUGUGUGUAUGGGUGGGUGUGUGUGUGUGUGUGCUUGCACGCACACAUGUGCACGCGUGUGUGUGUGUGUGUGUUUGCUCAUAACUACAGUUUGAGUAUCACUGCUUCAACAACACAUAUCCUUGUUGUCUCGUUUUGGUCAUCAAAUGCCAUGUACCGGAAGCUAUUAGAACAUUAAUGAACUCCAGCACAACACACUCCUUGAGGCGUUAGGGGUAAGCCUCAGAUGUAAAGCCUUGUCCCCCAGUCCGGCCUAAUCCACUGUAUACAUAACCAUGAACAGUCCAAACCACUGAUUUUGUUUUACUUUUAUGUUCUGAAGGCCUGCUUCGUAUGUAUGUAUAUGCAUUAUAUUUUGGUGUUUUGAAAGAGUCGCUUUUGAGUACUUUUCGUUUUGCUAUAUAUGGUACAUUUGCCUAGAGAUGUCUUUAUUUCUUAAGCCAUGAAUUAACUUUUUUUUUUUUUAUUCUAAUGUUUUAAUUUUUGGAGAUCUGAUUUUAUAAACACAAUUUUAUGUAUCUAUUUUGAUGAACAAAAGUCAUGUGUAAUAGGCUAGUCCUGAUUGACCAAUUAAAAUGUUCUAAUCUGGA